CGCUGGUAACCCCGUACGUUGCAUCAACAUCGCCUUCACACGCGGACAUCAAACUAUGAAUCACUUUCAACUUGUAGAUAGGACCCGAAGGGUUAACGAGACGCGUCCGAUGGAAGACGUCAUAGCGCGCUUUCGACCUCGGCAUUUUCGCGACAAAAGCACCGCGAACGGACCGCUCCGUCAACUGGUACGUACGUAGGCCAACUAUGCUCCCGAUCCCAGUGGGAGGCGACCAACAGGAUAUCCGCGGAGUCUGAGACUACAUCUCUAUCAAACGAACAGCCACAACAAAGUACGCGUCCCGGACCAACGUCAAGGGGCAUCAUCUAUAUCUUGUGCCAUAUCGCAGACCAUCUGUUUGCGCUGCUGUUGUACAGAUACAACUUCGUCAUACCCGCAUCUUGUGAGAAAACAAAGCGCAUCAACAUGGGAAAGUCUUUCGACCCAUCCAAGGAUAUUGGGAGCCUAGAGGGGAAAGUCAUCUUGGUCACGGGUGGUAACGCUGGGCUAGGCAAACAAACCAUUGCAUACCUCGCUGCCCAUAACCCUACGCGCAUAUACCUCGCCGCUCGUACCGAGUCCAAAGCCCGCGACGCUAUCACCGACAUCAAGAACAGCGUCCCAAAUGCCUGCGAAAUCGUACAUCUACCACUCGAUCUGACGUCCUUCUCUUCCAUCGCAGACGCAGCAUCGACGUUCAAGAGCCAGGAAUCGCGACUUGAUCUACUCAUUAACAAUGCUGGUAUCAUGGCGUCCCCAUAUAGCACGACCAAAGAGGGUUAUGAGAUACAAUUCGGCACCAACCACAUGGGCCACGCGCUGCUCACAAAGCUCCUCAUCCCGACAAUGCUAGAUACAGCAAAGCAACCCGGCGCCGAUGUCAGGAUCGUGAACCUGAGCAGCAUGGGCGAACGUCUUGCCGUAUCCAAAGGCAUUGAAUUCGACCAACAAGCGCUCGAGAAGGAAAACACAUGGCGUCGCUAUGGCGCCUCGAAAUUAGCGAACAUACUCUUCGCUCGCUCCCUCGCCCUCGAAUACCCUACGAUAACAUCUGUGUCUCUACACCCUGGUGUUAUUCUAACAGACCUCUUCAAUAACCUCCGCUCGAACGUAUUCUUGAAGGUCGGGUUAUGGAUAUAUGGACUAGUGGGCAUGAUACUGCCAGGUCAUUACCAGGGCCCUGAAGGUGGCGCGUUGAACACGACAUGGUGUGCCACGACUGCGAAGGACCAUCUGGAGAAUGGCGCAUUCUACAUGCCUGUAGGAAAGAAGGGCUCGGGAAGUGGACACGCGAGAGAUGAGGGGCUGCGGAAGAAGUUGUGGGAGUGGACUGAGGAGGAGUUGAAGAAGCACGGGUAUUGAUCUCGAAUGUCUUUCAGGUUAACUGAGUACAGGGAAGGAGAUGGGAACCACGCCUGCUUGCGAUAACACUCUACAUUUCUAGCUUAUAUUACUACAACUUAAGACCAAUAUCCACGGCUCAGACUGGUUCCGACGGCAGCCUAGGCAACGGUGGUAACUGCUUCCCGCUAGUGAUCUCGACUUUGAAGUCUUUCUGAACGUUAACCUGAAUGCCAUCGCCACUUG